AUGGCAAUUAUUCAUAUUAUAGAUAGUAAACUAAAACAGAAAGUGAAAGAUUCCUUCCCAAGCAGAAAGACAAAGAUAGAAUUAAAGGACAUAAAUAAGAUAUUUAAUAUAAUAACAGAAAUUAAUAAUGAAAAUAAAAUAUUUAUAGAAGUAUCUGAACAAUUGAAUAUUCUGGGAUAUAAUCUAUUAUAUAUACAGAUAUAUAAUAUGUUUAAAUAUAUAAAUAUAGAAUGUGAUUAUAAUGGGAUUGUAUUAAUAAUAAAGAACUGUCUGCAUCAUGCAUGUAAUAUUAUAAGUGCAAUUAAAAUGGGAUCAGGUAUAUUAAAUAAGCAUAAGAAAGAAGCCUUUUAUGAUUUAAUUAGGGAUAAUCAGUUAAUUAUAAUAGAAGUGUAUAAACUUAGAAGAAAAUUCUAUGAUUAUUCUAUUAAUAAAUUAUGCAAUAAUGAAGGUGUACCUGAAUUAAGCAAUGAAAUUACAUCACAAUGUGCAAUGAUUAAAUUAUUUGAACUGACUGAAUCAGAUGAUUAUUCUAGGCUACAGAGAGCAUUAGAUAUACUAAUAAAAUAUGGAGAUAUUUUAAUUAUAACGGAUAAAUAUGGGCUUACAAGAUCAAAUGCAAGUAAAUUAGGGUUAACUCGUGAUGAUAUGUACUCAUUACAAUUACUUACACGGUUAGAUAGAUCGUAUAUCUCUAAUUUGUAUGAAUUUUUAAAGGAGUCUGUGUAUAACAUAAUUGGUGUAUUUGGAUUGAAGUUUGACGAGGUUACUUUAUACAAUUUAUAUACUAAAAUAUUCAAUAUGUCUAAACAAGUGGCUAUAAAAGAAGUAGAAUAUAUUAAAUAUAUAAAUGAUAGUGCAAAUGAGAUUAAAAUGUAUGUAAAGGAGCUUAAAGCAAUGGAAGGCAUAGGUAAAUUAAAUAUCUUUAAAUCAACAGAAAUAUAUAAUGCUAUAUGCCACGAUGAAGAAUUUGAUUAUAAUAGUUCUAAAAACACUUUAGUUAACAGAUACUUAAAAUCAAUAAAAUGCAGUACGUCAAUCAUUAAAUCCAAGGAACCUAAAUAUAAACUUAAUAUUCAUUUAAUAGUAUUUAUAACAAUGUGUACUCUUAUGGUAGUAAUAUACUUAGCUGUAACAAAACGUACAGUGAAUAAUUAG